CGACGGCGCGGCGGCAUGGCACAUGCUUGGAGAAGCGAAUACAUCGGAGCCCUACAACAAGCCCGACAAGAUGCAUUUCUUCUCUGCGACAGAUGGACGCUUGAAUUGGCUUGAGGACGAAUUCCCGCAGUACCUUGAGAGUCUCCACAGUGCCUGCAAAUCAAGUGGAAAAAAAUUCCUAAGCCCAGAAACUUACGAGGCACUGCUGCUCACAAGCAAGUCUUCUGUUCUUUGUAUUAAGUACUUGCUGGAGAGUGGGUUCUUUUAUGUCCUCACGAGAAAUCUGUCAAGUGAUCCGGUUGAGGUCCUGUUCAGUGCUUUGCGUCAAAUGGCGGGUUGCAAUGACUGUCUAGACGCUAGAGCUGUCACCUUCGGCCUUGAAAAGUUACUCCGGACUGGCAUCCUGUGUGCAUCGCAGGCAUCAAAUGUUGGAAAUGGUCAGAUUGUUAUGAGCAUGUACAGUGCUUCUACAUCAACCCAAUUGAGCAGAGUUGAUCCAGCUGUGCCGAGCGGGACAUUUUCAGGACUGGACACAUCGAGCAUUCCUCAGAACACCUCGGCUAAAACCAGUAGUGCACUACUCAGCAUUUGUGAACCACCGAGUUUCGUGGAUGAUGUCAACAGUUUGCUGGCGCCCUUGAAAGUGAUGCCCUUGCAGCGGCCGCCUUCAACAGUAGAAACCGCUGCAGUAGCAUACGUCGCCGGUUUCGUCGUGAAAGCGAUAGAAGAACAAAGGAUGUGCAGCGCCUGCCCGAGACUGAAUGAUUCGGAACCAUCAAUAUCACCAGUGAUGGGACUUAUUAACCACCGAACUAGAGGGGGUUUGGUGUUCCCAAAGCCCGAGGUUGUAGCUGUUCUUGUAAAAGUAAGGCCAUCGACAUCGCAGGGCCACGUGUUGGCACAAACGAUGUGUGCAAGAAGAUCACGGCAAUGAUUUUGCCGCAUCUGGAGAGUUGUCCUCUAUUUAUAUGCGAGGCAAGAGAAGACCAUGCCUCGGUCACAUCGUCAAUAGUGGCAAAGAAAUUCAUAAAGCCCCUCCUAUCAAACAUUGUUGCUCUUGUUACGGACAGAGUGGCC